AAUUAAAAUUAAAAUUGUGUGAAUUACAAUAUGAAAAAAAACAAAAAGAAUUAGCAGAUGAUGAUAUAUUGUUGUAUAAAGAGAAGUUAAACAAAAAUGAUGACCUGAUGAUAGAAGUUUUCGAAAACUUUCACCACAUGGUCAAAAGCAUUGAUGAUUUUUUUUAUAAAGAUGAAGACCUAAAUGUGUUUCAAAAAAAGUUUAACAAAAACAAGGAAAUGUACAACGCACUUGUGGAAAAAGUUGCUACACAAAACAAAAAAAUUGAAUGGAAAAAAGAUGAUCUUUUGUCUAUGACCGACGAGCAAAGAGAAGAAUUAAAAAUGCACCAAGAAUAUAUUAAGCAUCAAAUUUUAGAACUUAAUAAAAAGAUAGAAUGGGAUAAGUUAGAAGCAGAAAGGAAAAAAAAAGAAUUAGAAGAAGAAGAGGAAAGGGAAAGAAAAAAAAAAGAAUUAGAAGAAGAAGAGGAAAGGGAAAGAAAAAAAAAAGAAUUAGAAGAAGAAAAGGAAAGGGAAAGGCAAAAAAAAGUAUUAGAAGAAGAGGAGAAAGAAAAACAAAAAAAAGCAUUAGAAGCAGAAGAGGAGAAAAGAAGACUAAAAAAAAUAUUAGAAGAAGAAGAAGAGGAAAGAGAGAGGCAAAGACAAGAACUGGAAGAACAAGCAAAUUGUAUAAAUUAUGAGGAAAAAAAAAAUAUACUAGCUGAAAAAGUUGAACAAAUACAAAAGCUUAUACAAGAAAAAAAUAGUGAUGUACUAACCUUUGAAGAUUGUAUUGACAUUAUUUACAAAGUGAAUCUUCCAUUGACUAAUAGUAAAAAAGAAGAGCUAAGAAGUAUGAAAAACAUAAAAAAAGAAGAACUGAUAAAAUUUAUAAAAGGUUUAGUAGUAAUUAAACAGGAUGUUUUAGAAGACAUGAUAUCCUUUUUCCAAAUAUGGGAUGUACAGAAAAAAGGAUACAUUCAUAAAAACUUAUUCUUGUCUAUAUUAAAACAAUUUGGAGAUGGUUUAAAUGAAGAAGAGGAGAAUUACUUACGAGCAGAAUUAGACCAAUCAGCAGAUCCAUAUGUAGAAUAUGCAAAACUACUGAACAAGUGGAUAAGUGAAGAGGAAAAGUAACUUCUUUUCUUUUUUUUGCCUUUUUUUGCCUUUUUUUGCUUUUUUUUUUUUUUUUUUAACUUUAUUAUAAUGUUAAAAAAAAAAAAAAUUAAAUUGUAUAAAUGUACAUAAAGUCCAAACUAAUAACAUUAUUAUUAUUUUUAUUAAAAAGAGGUGUGUACGAACAUUAACGGUAAAAGUGAGCUUCAAAAAAAAAAACGAAAAAAAUAAGUAUAUAACAAAAAUAAGGCUGUUUAAUUCAUUAAAAACAAACGUUUUUUAUUUAUUUAUUUCAAACUAUUUUUUUUUUAUAAUAUUAAUCAUUGUAUAUUAAUUAUUUUUGACCUUUUUUUUUUUUUUUUUAAAUUGUUUUGUAUAAGUUUAUCUAUAUAUAUGUGUAUAUCACAUAAUGGUAUAAAUGGAAAGUACUAUUUUAUUCUACAAAACAUACCUGUAAUUAAUUUUCAGUUAAAUUUUAAUACUUUUGUCUUUCUUUGUUUUAGUUUGCCUUAUUUUAUUUAUUUCCGCGUUUAUUAUUGAUGCGACAUUGAAGUGUAAAACUAUUUGGGUUUUAUUUACUUUUUUUUUAUUUCGUUUGCUUUGUCUAUUUUUUUUUAUUUUGUUUUGUUUGUUUGUUUGUUUGUUUUUUUGUUUGUUUUUUUGUUGUUUUUUUAUUUUUUUGUUUUAUUUAUUUUGUUUUCUUUUUUGUUUUAUCCGUUUUGUUUUCUAUAUUUAUUUAUUUUGAUCGUUUAUCCAUUAUACUUACGUACUACAUACGUACAGUUUAAAAAUAAAACUUUCAUACCGCGCGUUGAAAAAAAAAAAAAUAAUUAAUGAAUAAACAAUUAAAUAAAUAAAUUAAUAAAUAAAUGGUAAA